GAGUUGUGGUGGUUGCACGGUCGAGUCGGACAAACACGGCGCGGGCAUGAGAUGCACCAGAGGAUGUCGAACUCGGUUCGCAUUUCGCGUGCCUCUGCGAACCGGCGCAGAAGACGAGACACCCGGCGACAUGACAGCAAUUGGAUGAAAUGGGGCGCCUUUGAACGCGAGCUAGAGGACGGGCAUCGAUUUCGAACCACUCGAUCGACGACGCGCUGACCACCACGAACGUGGCCGUUUCGGCGACCCAUGGAACGAUAUCGCACCUUGAACCGGCAUUUGUUCUGGGUGGAGCUCGUCUUUGCAGCCAACUCGAGUGCGCGGCGAUUGUGUCGAGUGGAGUGGAAGCGAGCGAGCCGUAGCCAGUCGAUGGCGGAUGGAUGGCUGGGAAGGGGGGGUCGAAUUCCUCCAUGCGAUUGGUGGAGAUUUGAAACGUCCGUUCGAAUCGACCAAUCAUGUGCACCGGGGCAGGAUUACAAAUCGGCCUUGGCGAUGUUGCCCCGAUGGUGUUCAAAGGUAAAAUUCCAUGCGUCACGCGCGCGUUGUGUCGAUAUUUACAUCUGUCGAAGCAAGAGUUCGGCCAAGGGAUCCCGACCUCUGAGUCUAGGCAUCUGCGUCUAGGCAAUUCCUCGCGUUAAUACGGUAUCUUUGUCGACGCGCCUUGUGAAAUCGCCAUGUUGUGAUAGUAUUUGGAACUAAAAUUUUGAAGUGCU